AGUCAUUUAAGGUUGUUUAUUUUUUUUUAAUAGUUUUGUCCACAACUUGUCAAGACUUUAAUCAUUUUCUCAAUAAAGUAAAAUGAUAAUUCAUUCAGUUUUAAUUUCACGGUGCAUGUAUUCAUUGCAUCAAGUACAGUUGUAUACAAAAUAAUUCAUAUAAUUUGUGCAGUGCGAAAUUCCAUUCUACUACCGUCCAUCGACAGGACAUCGUGACAUCAUAAGUCCAAGUUUAUUUGUGAUUAAGAAAAAUGGAUAUAUCAACUUUCGUAUUCUUCGAUAUAGAAACAACAGGUUUGCCCCAAGAGGAGAGAAACCAAACUAAAAUCAUUGAAUUAACUUUCUUAGCGGUUUCAGCGAAAGACAUCGAGCUAACGCCGGUAGGUGAAAUACCAUUGGUAAAUAAGCUAUCAUUGUUUUUUAACCCUGAAAGAUAUAUAAGCAUAGGAGCAGCAAAUAUGACUGGAUUAUCAGAGACAUUGUUAGCAAAACAGCCACUAUUUAAAGAAAGAGUUCAAACUCUCAAUUCUUUUUUAGAAGAAUUACUUAAACCUGUAUGUUUAGUUGCUCAUAAUGGUAACCGGUUUGAUUUUAAAAUCCUUACCGCAGAAUAUAAAGAUGCAAACGCCAAAUUCCCUCAAGACCUUCUCUGUGUUGAUUCCAUUACUGGAUUUAGAGAGUUGGAUAAAAAAAAUAAAACCAUAAACAAUUAUAGAGAAAAAAAUAAACCUCUUAGUGUCAGUUCACCAAAGAGGACAUAUGAAAGUAUUAUAACCGAUGAUGAAGAUGAAUGGCCAGAAUUAAAUAUCAGUUAUGAAGAAUGGAGGGAAAUUGAUGAAAUGUCACUGUCAAUGGCCAGUAUGUCAUGUGAAGAGGAUGAGAUCACAUCUGGUGGAAAAGGCAAAAGCAACAAGGGGCAUACAGCCAAAGAAAAAAUAAGUUAUACUUUAUCAAAUUUGUAUAGAAGAUUAUUACAAAAAGAACCUAUAAAUACACAUAGGGCAGAAGUUGAUUGUAUUUUAUUAUUGGAAUGUGUAAUUGCUACAAAAAGUAAUUUUUUGCCCUGGGCUAAUAAAAAUGCUAAAUUAUUAAGUAGUGUUAAACCUUUACAUAGAUAUUGAUAUUCUAUUGUUUAUAUUUUAUAAGAAAUUUUUGUUGACUUUAAAUAAAAAAUAUUUGACUGUUUUAUAGAAACUGUUUUUAAAAAAAAUAUAUAGAUAAGAAACUACUAGUGAUUGCCUAAUGCUGGAUUGGGGCUUCGAUUUUAUUUUUUCGUGUUUUUAUAAGAAAAAAUCUAUAUU